GGAAAGAGGGGACAAGUCGAUAGUUUUUUAUAACGGGGACACACUGCUGACAGAGGACUCGUGCUGUGCUAGCUAACUUUGCACUACAGGGAGGGUGCGCUUUGGUAGAGCCGUGCCUGUACACUAACCAGAGCAUCACUGGCACAUAACCAAAAGCAGGCACGGGGCACAUCUCCUCCAAUGGGAAGCCUGGCCGCAGCCUCAGUUUUGGGCAGGGCAGUCCUGAGCAGAGGCGUCACAGCCCACCGCCUCAGCAAGAAUGUCACUUUCUACGUUAAUGAAGUAGCACCUCCAGUAUCAGGAUGUCAGAGCAAAGUCUCUGAGGAGCACAAACCCCUCAUGCUGAUGCUGCCCUGGUUGGGAUCGCGCCCUCAGGCUCUGGUGAAGUAUUGCGAAAUCUACUUCCGCACCGGCUUCGAUGUGCUCGUGGUAGAGAGUGAGGUGCAAGAGUUCCUGUGGCCUCGCUGGGGUCUGGAUCACGGAAAGAGGUUGCUGGAGUUGCUCCACACUGAGCGCUUUGUGUCCCGUCCUCUUCUCGUCCAUGCCUUCUCUAUCGGUGGCUACACAUUUGCUCAGCUGCUGGUGCAUGUGUCCCAGGACACGCAGAAAUAUCAGGCACUCACGCAGAGAAUCAAAGGCCAAGUCUUUGAUAGCCUGGUGGUGGGCUCUGUGGAGCAGAUGUCCACAGGUCUUGCUAAGACUUUAUCUCCACGCUGGGAAACAGUGAUAAAACACGUGAGCCUGCUAUACUUUAGCAUGUUCAAACGCCAGACGGUGGACUACUUUAACACGAGCAUUGAUGUGUUUUGGAAUAGUCCCGUCACAGCUCCUGGGCUGUUUUUCUUCUGCGAGAAUGAUCCGUUGAGCAACCCACGAGUCAUGGAGGAGCUGAUUGAUUACUGGCUGAAGCGCGGGGUGGACGUCACAGCAAAGAAGUGGGAAGAUUCAACACAUGCAGGUCACCUGAAGAGGCACCCGGAGGAGUAUCUGACCAUCCUAAACACAUUCCUGCAGUCACUCCGUUUCGCCCCGCUGAAGGCGAAGAUGUAAGGUGAUUUUGUAAAAAAAAAAAAAAAAAAUGCCAUUUUACCUUUUACUUUGCGUGUUUGAUGUUUUUAAUUUAAAAUAUUUGCCUACAAUGUGUAACUACAGUAGUGAUAGUUGACUUAGGGAGAAUACAUUAUUUAAAUUUAUACUCUUAUUGCAGUACUUUAUGUCGUAUUAACUGUUGUGGCUUGAACCUUUACUUUACUGUGCUCUCAUCUCAGGAAAUAUACUUAUUGAAUUGCUGAGCUUUAAAGUUGUAAAGUUAUAUUUCUCACAUUGGCACUUUGACAGUGAACACAGGGAGAUGAGACUUAUAUAUUUACUGGGAGCUUCCUGAAACAGAGAAUAAUAAAAGCCAGGAGCACAGAACGCCAUGUAGGUCGUAACAGUAGUUAGAAAUAAGACCUAUGGUGCCUUCUCUUUAAUACACAUCAUUUACAUCAUGAAGAAAAAAAUUGAAGUUGUUUCCAGAAGCCAUUGGACAUUGUACUGUUUUCUACUUUCUGUUAGCCAAAACAUAUUUUCUCUAUAUCUCUGCACAACCUUUUAUAUUUACACAAGCAACUCCAGGACUUGAUAUUUGAUGACCACUGUUCAGAAGUAUGUGUUCAUUUACAGUGCUUAACUCAACUGAACUGAGGCAGUGAUAAUGAGCCUCAGGGGAAAACCUGUAAUAACUACGGUGCUUUCACUAACUACCAAAGCAGAGUUGUUUUAAUGUUUUACAAAUGAAUGAAUUGUUUGUUGACGGUUGUCGAACAUGAAACAGUGCCUCUGAUAUUGUCAAACUUUGUGUCUCAUAACUUUUUUACAUUUCUGGUUUACGUAUUAAAACUAUUUUUGUCAACA